AUGGGGAAUUCUCCAGCAAGGGAGAAACGAUCUUUCGAUUCUCAUGAGCACACCUUGUACCAUUCUUAUGUGGAAAAGGGGACUACUAAGCAACAAUGUGAUGUUUGCCGCAAGGAGAUCUAUGGUUUGGUUUAUGCCUGUGAAACAUGCAAGUUUUCACGGCACAGAUGGUGUGCCGAAAGACGGAUGCCCUCAGAGAUUACCCACUCUUCGCACUCAAUGCACGAGUUAAAACUACAAGAUGAGUCUUCGGAUUUCUUAUGUGAAAGAUGUUUCCACAAUUCUCGAGGCCCUAGAUACCACUGCUACAGCUGCGAUGUCGAUGUUGAUUUAGCUUGUGCUUCUUCAACUAAGGAUCAACUCACUCGAGAAGAUGAGGGUCUGAUACCUGCAGGCAGGGCGAGAAACAGAAUCAAGCAUUUCAGCCAUGGGGAACCAUUGGCUCUCUUCAAAUAUAGGAAGACAACAAAAUAUUAUGAACUUGAUUGUAGUUGGUGUGACAAGCGUUUAUCAGGCAUGUCCUAUGGUUGUUUCAAAAGUGGACCUUAUGGUUGUAGGUUCUUCCUCCAUGAAUCCUGUAUGUCUAAGAUACCCAAAAGACUGCAGCAUCCUUUUCAUCCACAACACCAUCUUUACGUGCAGUACUACAAUCCCUUUUAUCGAUUCUCUUGCAGUGCCUGUGACUGUCCGCUUUUACUCAGUUUAACAGCAUACUAUGCCUGUCAUGAGUGUAAUUUCUACCUUCAUAUUUCCUGUGCUAGACUGCUACCUACACUCAACCAUAAGUGCCAUAAGCAUAGUCUUACGUACUUUUCGAGAAGUACUGAAGAGCGUUUCAAUUGCAAUGCCUGUGGCGGUGAUUGUGAUUCCAAAAAGAAUAAAGACGGUGGUUUCUACCGUUGUGUGCAAUGUAAUUUCAACAUCCAUUUCAGAUGUCUUCCAAUGGCACCUAUAGUUAAACAUAGAUAUCACAGGCAUUUUCUCAUCCUUCAUGAUGGGAUUAUUGAAGAUGAUACGAGAAAGUAUUAUUGUGAUAUUUGUGAAGAAGAAAGAAAUCCAAAACAUCACAUUUAUUAUUGCAAGAAGUGUACGUAUAUUGGUCAUGUCGAAUGUGUUGUCAAAGAGGUUUCUGACUCUGAAGUGAGGAAAAUGAUGGGUUUAAGGAAAAGAGUUCAAUUGAGUAAUGGAAAAUUUCCAGAGCUCAAAGAAACAGUUGGUAACGAUAUUGACAAGAAUCAAUUGUUUGAGAUGCAAGAAGUGCAGCUUUUGUUGAAGGACCUUGAACAAGAGGAAGAGGAAAAGAGGAAGGAGAAAAAAGAGCUAGGCGAGAAGGAUGAAGAUGAAGAAAGUAGUAGUGAUGAUGAAGAGGAUGAAGAGAGUGAUGAUAUUGAUAAUGAAUGGACUAGUGAGUAUUGA